GAAGCCUGCAUCUACGUCACACGAGAAACAGGUGUGAACAAGACUGACUUCGUGGUGGACGGAUUGUUGGCUCGGCGAUGGUCGUCCAUUGUCCGUGGGUCGGUUGGAGGAUCCAACGACUUCCUCAACACCCCACCUCCCAGGCACGUGCUCUACGCCCUCACCCAGAGCUGCCGUGGCAGCACAAAGCAGUCGUCCCGACGUGGCCUUCUGUCUGCUGUGGGGUACACCAAUCUGGUGAAUGUCUCGAAGUUGGUUCAAAGCCCACCAGUGCAGAAGGGAAUUGAAGAAGGAAAGAAAGUUGUUGUUGGUGAAGUAAAGAAACUUAAUGUCUCGUCAAAACUGCCAAAUCCAAGUGACUUGGAAGCAGCAAAAAGUGGUCUCAAGGAGGCGAUAGACAGCCUUAAUCUGACUGCACUCAUCAACUCGACAAAUUCGACGCUGCUAAACACUACAGAAAUUGAAACACUUAUUGCCAAACUGAACAAUUUUACUGCCACGAAUUACACAAGUAACUUUUCGAGGGGAAUCGCCGCUCUAAAUGACACAGUCGUGCAAGUGAACAAGCUCAAACCGCAGAUGAAUGCCACGCGUAUUCAGCUUGAGAACGUUAGCCAACAGAAAGACAAUAUUCUGUCUCCUGUUGAGGAACUAAUUGGGGCCUUUAAUGCAACCAUUAGUGUAAGUUGGCAUUCUAAUUUCUGCAAAUAUUUUUCCUGGCGAUUUCUGUGA